ACGGUCGGAGGAGGAGGUGGACAUGGACAAGGUGACGGCUGCCAUGGUGUUGACGAGUCUCUCCACCAGCCCGCUGGUCAGGAGUCCGCCUUUCAAAGUCAACGAAGGUCUGAGUGGUUCGUGGAAAGACAACGGCUCCUCUGGCCCCUUCACCCCCUCCAGUAACAGCUCCUCUGGGGGCUACUGGAGCUGGUCUGCCCCCAGUGACCAGUCCAACCCUUCCACACCCUCACCCCCGCUCUCCGCAGACAGCUUCAAGCCUUUCCGUGUGCCCAGCCUGGGGGGUGUGGGGAACGGCCCCGCGGGGCCUGAAGACCCCAGCUUGGACGAUCAGGACGGCAGCAGCCUGCUCUUCGAUGAGCCCAUCCCUCGCAAGCGCAAGAACUCAAUGAAGGUGAUGUUCAAGUGCCUGUGGAAGAACUGUGGCAAAGUGCUGAGUACCGCCGCGGGCAUCCAGAGACACAUCCGCACCAUCCACCUGGGGCGUAACUGUGACUCGGACUGCAGUGACGGAGAGGAGGACUUCUACUACUCGGAGAUCAAGCUCAACACGGACUCGGUGGUGGACGGGCUGAGCAGCCUGUCCCCCGUGUCCCCGUCCAUCCUCUCCCCUGUUCCUCCUCCCCCCUCUCCUCUCCCAUCAUUCAACCAGCUGUCGGACUCCCACAGACCUCCGCAGUCCUCUGACGCCAAGGAGCCUCACCCCGGAGGAACCACCCCCCUCAGCCGCUCUGCGCCCAGCGCUCUCUACCUCAUCCACACGGACCACGCCUACCAGGCCACAGCUCCAGUGUCCAUCCCGUCCAGCAACAGUAACUCCAGCGGGUCGGCCUGCACCAGCUUCACCCCCACCAACAGCUCCAACUUCAGCAUCUCCUGGCAGUCACCGCCCGUCACUUUCACCGGCUCCACGGUGUCCCCCAGUAAGAGCCAGGGCUUCGGUGAACAGCGCUCCCAAACCAUCGCCGUCCUCUCGUCCCCGCCCAGAGCCACCACCGCCCUCAGUCGGAAGGUGCGCGGUGAGGGGAAGAAGUGCCGUAAGGUGUACGGGAUGGAGAACCGCGACAUGUGGUGCACCGCCUGCCGCUGGAAGAAAGCCUGCCAGAGAUUCACCGACUGAACGUUCCUCACCAACUUCAAAGCGCCACGCCAACGUGCACGGCUGCCUUUGGCCAGAGAAAAGGGGGAGGGGCAUCGUUUUGCAUGCAUUUGGUUUUCUUCAGCUCAAAAUCGCAACUGUCCGUCAAACUCUGGCUCUGCCCCUGAGCCCCCCCCCCCCCCCCCCCCCUAAGCUCAACUGAACUCCAGCUGGGGAAGGGACCAAAGCAGAGUCACCUUUCACAUUGCCGUCCUCGCCAUUCCCACCAUUCCCAGUUUUGGGAAACCCCAAUGCAGCUAAACUGUAAAGAAAAUAUAGAUCUAAAGAUGUUUCCUGUUUUUUAUGUUGGGUUCAGUGUUGCAUCUUUCUAUGUUUUGUAAAGCUCUGGUUUUUAAAUGGAAAGUCUAGUCAAAGAAGGAGUGUGUUUUAGUAAAUGAAAAGAAUCUUCACUUUUUUAUCCAAAAGAAGAUUGGGCCUCUUUGCUGCCAUUUUUGAAGAACGUGAAAGCACGGCGGUAAAGCUCUCAGUUUUUGUUCUCCCUUAGACUUGUUCGUGUCUUGUUUUAUUUCUGGACCUUUGAGGUGAUCUUUUAUCACCGACAUGCCAGCCUCUCUACCGGCUCCUCACCUGCUCUUCGCUCCUGACAGCCGCUGGGAAUGUACGACCGAGCCGAGAGGGCCGGCUGACAUGUGGAGAAGAAGAGAGGAAGAGAGAGACACAUGGUGAAUGAGCAAUGCAAAAAAAGAUAGGAUUUACAGUCAGGGAAAGCAGAUGGACCAUGCGUUCACACACAAACAAACACAGGUAUUCACACUCAAUCAGUUUUCUAUGUCACUUUUUAUCCAGUUGAUUCAUUUCCUUUGCUUUAUCAGGGAUGGGAUUCUAAAGAAAGCAACAACCAGCAGCUGACACAUGGAGUUAUACAGAACAGCACAGUCUCAAUAGCUUCUCUCUUUCACUUUGCAACCAAAAACUCCUGUAUCUUAUUCUUUGUUUAUUGUUGUUGAUGUAUUUGUUUUGGCAAAACCAACACUGUUUACCUACCACCUGCAGAAAGUGUGUUAAAAAAGCUUCCUGACAGCACUGGAAGCAUGGAGUCAGCGUGCGAGGCCACACCUUUGACCACACACAGAGAGACAGACUGCCCUCCUCCUCAGCCAACCUUUACACCUUCCUAAAGGAAACAGAAUAUCUUUGUGUUUACGGCGCAUCUUGAUCAUCUGUUAACCAAAGGAGGAGGGCUGAAAACCAAAAGUGAGGCACUUGCACUGUAUGUGUGACACGGGGCACUUGGUGCUAUUGAGGUGAAAAUGUUGCUAUCUUCCACGAGCCCUUUUCAUUUACAACUUCUAAAAGAAAAUAAGAGCAACUAAAAGCAAACAUUUCAUCACACAGAAUAUGGUUACCCCCAUUUUGAACCAUUAUUUGCUCUAAGAGUUUUGGAGAAAUGAUUUAUAGGCACUUGAUCAGGUCACUCCUUGUUGUUCAAUGUGCACUGCAGACUUUCUUCACUUGGCAACAUGCAAGCAAAGCUUUGACUCCAGCUGUUCGGAGAGUCCGCCACGUAAUAUUGUUACUGAGAAGUCGAGAGGGGGAAAGGUACAAAUGUCUGAUUUGUCUUUUGAAUGUGUUCAUUUGAGUUUCCGCCUCCUUGUUGGCUCAGGCAGGAAAUAAAUUGUCAAAGCCCAAAAAGUUUACAGAUGUUCACUCUGUAGUGAUAAUGGACCAACUCUUUUUCACCUGGGGCCGCGCUCUACUUUAUUACAGUGUACUGAAAUAGAUUGAAAUGUUGUUUCUACGAACAGACACAUAUACUAUAUAUGUGAUACUGAUUCUGCAUUUACUCUUCAUUAUUGAAUAUUUUCUCAAAUGCAUGCUAAAAUCUUUAUUGGCAGUUCACACAGAUUUUUUUUCCCCCAGAAUUAUUGGAAACCAACACCAGCUAUAAACUCGCUCGCUCGCCCAUUUCACAGUGCAGCCUUUUCCCACCUGAUGGUAAAAUGGUAGCUCUUAUAUGUUUGCUCAGCUGUUUCUAUUUCGUCUCUAUUUGUUUUUGUGUGUAUAUAUGUCAUUCUUGUGUUUUCUCUAAGCUCCAUGUUUAUGACCCGUUACCUCGGUCAUUACAUUUGCCACAUUAUGAACAAGACAGGUUCAAGUAUGACAUUGUGAGGAAAUGUGCCGUUCAACCUGUCUGGCUACUGUUGUUUUGAAUUUAGGGAUAGCCUUAAGUCACUCUUGAAAAAAAUCAUUGUGCUUCUUCCAUGUUAUUACAUUGAUGUUUCAGUAAGACAUAUUUAGAUUAUCUCCAAACUGGUUUGCCAUUGUAUUUUGUGAACGUAUUAUCGUUUAAGAAAAGACAAAUCUAUAUAUACGUAAAGAAAAAACAUGUUGACAUUUUCAAAAGCAAAAAAAGACAUUGAUUUGGCUGUUUGUUUUAUAUUUUUUCCAUAUAUAUAUAUAUAAAUGAUGACAUAUACUGUUUAUACAUUUUGUUUUCAUGUUCUGCUAAAGGUUUUUUGUAUUGUUAGGGGGAAGCCCAGGCAGGGUGACCCGCCUGCAGCGCCUUCACGUAGCCCCCCCCCCCCCCCUCUGCUGCCGCUGCUGCAGUCGAAAUCCACAGUUGAUUAAAAAAACCUUUAUCUUAUUUUUUCCAAUUCACCUCUCUGGGUGCCAUGCAGGCCCACUUGCAAUUAGUUUGAUUGACAUCUCGGGUGUGUUUGCACUCAUGUGUGCAGUGACACACUCCUGUGUAUGGAUGUGAAGGAGCCCCAGGCAAAGUAGCUGCCACUGGAGCACUGUGCUCUGCCACCCGCCCACCCCCCCCCCCCACCCCCCCCCCCCCCCCCCCCCCCCCCCCCCCCCC